AUGGAGCGCCCGGCUAAGCGAAGGAAGGGCGACAUCAAACCCCCGACUAACCCUGAUCUCGUAAUGGUUGGCGGCAAGCUGGUCGAUCUUGGAUUUUCACGAGUAAAGCCCCAGCCGAAGGAACCAGCUGAAACGCCGAAGUCUAAGGAUAAAGAGGAUGGUCAAGAUGCUCAGGCUCCUUCAAAGCCGACUUCCAAACCGAAGUCACAGCAGUCUCACCGAAGAAAGGAAAUUGAUACCCCGCUUCUGAAAGCCCGGAAAGCACUGCCGAUAUGGGCGCAUCGCGACCAAAUCACUGCAAACCUGAAGGAUAGCGACAUCUUACUUGUCGUUGGUGAGACUGGUUCCGGAAAGAGUACCCAGGUGCCACAAUUCCUGUACCAGGAACGCUGGUGCCAGCGCAAGAAGGUCACAGUGCCGGGGCAGUCUGAUCCCGUCAAUGUCGGCGGAGUUAUCGCCAUCACUCAACCUCGUCGAGUGGCUGCAACAACUCUGGCCAGUCGCGUGGCACGGGAGAUGGGUACCCCCUUGGGGUCAUCAGGUAUAACGCGCGAGGGCUUGGUGGGUUACUCUGUUCGUUUUGACCAUAAUGUGCCAAAGGGGACGAGAAUUAAGUUCUUGACGGAGGGUAUGCUGCUUCAGGAGAUGAUGCGGGAUCCAAAUCUGCGGCAGUAUAGUGCAGUGAUCGUCGAUGAGAUCCACGAGAGAAGCGUGGAUGUCGAUAUGCUCUCUGGGUUCCUCAGACAGAUCGUUACUGGUGACAAAGCGGGACGUGGUGGCCUACCGCUGAAGGUUGUUGUCAUGAGUGCGACAGCUGACGUCGAGAGGAUAUCGGAAUUUUUCAGCCCAGCAGCAGCUGAGGAGGGCACACUAUCGAAACCAUCAGUGGAGGUGCUCCGGAUAAAGGGUCGCCAGUACCCGGUUGACAUAAAGCACACACAAGCACCUGUGCCAGAUCUACGAGAAGCAUUGUUCAACCAGAUCACCAAAAUCCACGAGCAGGAAGCUCUCCCAGGGGAUAUUUUGGCCUUUCUCACCGGCCAGGAGGAGAUUGAAGCACUGCAGAAGCGCAUCGAGGAGUACGGGGCCUCACUGGCAUCAGAUGUUCCGAAGAUCCUCACAUGCCCACUCUACGGACAGCUCGCUGUUCAGGCACAGCAAGCUGCGUUCCAGCCGCCGCCCACCAAGUUCACUCGAAAGGUGAUUCUAGCAACAAACAUAGCAGAAACGUCCGUCACUGUGCCUGGCGCUCGUUACGUUGUCGACUGUGGCAAAGCCAAGGUCAAGCAGUACAGGUCUCGGCUGGGCAUGGAGUCCUUGUUAGCAAAACCAAUUUCGAAGUCUUCUGCUCUGCAGAGAGCAGGUCGAGCUGGUCGUGAAGGCCCCGGUCAAUGCUUCAGACUUUAUACACCAGAGACUUAUGACACGCUGAAGGAUGUCGACCUCCCCGAGAUUCUGCGGACUGAUGUCUUGGGCGCAGUAUUGACGAUGAAGGCCCGUGGGAUUAAUGACAUACUCUCGUUCCCAUUGAUGGACUUUCCUGAUCUCGAUUCCAUAGAGAAGGCGCUCCUGCAGCUCCACUUCCUGGAGGCACUGGAUGACAACGGCACUAUUACCAGUAUUGGAAAGAGGGUCGCCUUGUUUCCCGUCACCGCGCCUUACGGAAGAGUUCUCCUAGCAGCAGCCGAGCCACAAUUCGACUGCCUGCUGGAAGUGAUCGAUAUCAUUUCCUGUAUAACCGCUGGUGAAAGUAUAUUUCAUCAACUGCAAAUGGAGGAACAGCAAGAAGAAACAGAAGAGGCACGUAAGGCUUUGUAUCGCCGGGAGGGAGAUAUCCUCACCUAUCUCACGACUAUGCAACAGUAUACAGCGGAGCAUGCCGACAGAGUUGGCUGGUGCAAGAAGCGGAAAGUCAAUGUCCGCAACAUGAGACAGGCUUUGAAUAUUCGGAAUCAACUUCGGAGCCUGUGUCUGAAGGAGAAGUUGCUGACGGAGAAGCCGGAGCCAGACCCGCAGCCUUUCGUGCCCAUUUCUCCAGAGCGGGCCGAGACACUAUUGAAGUGCUUCUUGAAGGGCUUUGUCACGAAGUGCGCCUUGCUGGCACCUGACGGCAGCUACGUCACCACUCAGGGGAAACACAUUGUUGCCAUCCACCCAUCCAGCGUUUUGCAUGGACAGAAAAAGGAAGCCAUCAUGUUCCUGGAACAUGUGUUUACGCAGAAGAAUUAUGCAAAGAAAGUAAGCGCUGUCCAGGCGGACUGGAUAGUGGAGGCUUUAGGGGGUGGACAAUAG